GGACGGCGGAUAAUGAGGAAGGGUAAUGGUAAUUCUCGCGAUAGAAUCACCCAGUCUGAUGAGGGGGAAGAAGAGCCCUGCUGCGUUAUUCAUCUCGUCCAUGUCAUUUCCCCCUCUCUGAAGCUCAGCCGCCGGUUGGUUCGUUAUUAUGCAGCCGCGGAAGGCCCUUGUUAGCACGAAAGAUUCAUGCUGCAUAUCGGCUCAAUUGGCCAAUGCAUCGGAAAGGAUUUGGAGGAUGUGGCUAUUGGGAUAGAAGAGGGGAAGCAGGACAAGCAUUGGGUUCAAGAGUGAUGAAGAGGAGGAAAAAAAAGAACAGAGGAGAGGUUGGUACUUCUCAUGGUCGUGGGCAGGUGCGUGCCUCGUGGUAGCCUGCCUGGCUGCUAGGGCUUCGUCUGGAUAUACCUUGCGUAUAAAUCAUUCGCCUCUUCUGUGCCCUGUGUUUUGCCACAAGCAGGGGAGGAGAAAAAUUGAAGUCAAAUAAUAAUUGUGUGUGCCUUUUUGGCGGAAAGAUGGUGAAAAAGAGAAGAAAAAGAAAAAAGAAGAAAGAGAAGAAGAAAGUUGGGAGGCGAGAAGAAAUACUAGGGAGAGCUCCCAGCCUCGACUUACAGCGUCAAAGUGCGGCUGCAGGCCCUGGUUCCAUAUCAAAACUUC